CAUCGGACCAACUCCGUGCUCUGUGUUACUGUGCUACCUGUCCUGAGGACCUUGUUGGGGGCUGUGAGCAAGUAGCCAGGCGCUAACUCCUCUCUUGUGCCGCAGCGUUCUGAAGAUCACUCUGGGAAAAGGGAAGGAUGCCGCUCUUCUUCCGGAAGCGAAAACCCAGCGAGGAGUCUCGGAAACGCCUCGAGUACCAGAUGUGUCUGGCGAAAGAAGCCGGUGCAGAUGACAUUCUUGACAUCUCUAAAUGUGAGCUCUCCGAGGUGUUGAUUGUCCAUACGAAUCACCUCACUUCCCUGCUUCCUAAAUCCUGCAGCCUCGUGAGUCUUGCAACCAUCAAGGUUCUGGAUCUCCACGAUAACCAGUUGACGGCUCUUCCUGAUGACAUAGGACAGCUGACAGCCCUCCAGGUAUUGAAUGUGGAAAGGAAUCAACUGGCAUACCUCCCACGUCCCAUUGGGAACCUGAGCCAGCUCCAGACCCUCAGUGUGAAAGACAACAGGCUGAAGGACCUUCCAGACACCUUGGGGGAACUCCGAAGCUUACGUACGCUUGACAUCAGUGAAAAUGAGAUUCAGAGACUGCCUCAGAUGCUGGCUCAUGUGCGAACCCUGGAGACACUGAGCCUCGACGCCUCAGCCAUGGUCUACCCCCCACAGGAGGUGUGUGGCGCCGGCACUGCAGCUAUCCAGCAGUUCCUCUGCAAAGAAUCUGGGCUGGAAUACUACCCCCCUUCCCAGUACCUGCUGCCAGUUCUGGAACAAGAUGGAGCCGAGAACUCCCAGGACAGCCCUGACGGGCCCACGGACAGGCUCUCCAGGGAGGAGGUGGAAUGGCAGAAUAGGUUCUCAGACUACGAGAAGAGGAAGGAACAGAAGAUGCUGGAGAAACUUGAGUUUGAGCGACGCCUGGAGCUUGGGCAGCGGGAGCACGCCCAGCUGCUUCAGCAGAGUAACAGUCAGAAGGACGAGAUUCUUCAGACAGUCAAGGAGGAGCAGUCCCGGCUGGAGCAGGGCCUGAGUGAGCGCCAGCGCUACCUGGAUGCAGAGCGGCAGCGGCUGCUGGAACAGCUGAAACAGACGGAGCAGAACAUCUCCAACCGGAUCCAGAAACUCCUGCAGGAGAAUCAGAGGCAGAAGAAAAGUACUGAGAUUUUGAAGUCACUGGAAAAUGAAAGAAUAAGAAUGGAACAGUUGAUGUCCAUAACCCAGGAGGAGACUGAGAACCUCCGGCGACGUGACAUUGCUUCCGCCAUGCAGCAGAUGCUGACUGAGAGCUAUAAGAACCGGCUCAUCCAGAUGGCCUACGACACUCAGAGGCAGAACUUGGUCCAGCAGGCCUGUUCCAGCAUGGCUGAGAUGGAUGAGCGGUUCCAGCAGAUCCUGUCAUGGCAGCAGAUGGACCAGAACAAAGCCAUCAGCCAGAUCCUGCAGGAGAGCGCGAUGCAGAAGGCCGCGUUCGAGGCUCUGCAGGUGAAGAGGGACCGGAUGCAUCAGCAGAUCAGGAACCAGAUUAAGUUAAUAGAAACUGAGUUAUUGCAGCUGACACAGCUGGAGUUAAAGAGGAAAUCCCUGGACACAGAGACACUACAGGAGAGGAUCUCCGAGCAGCGCUGGGCCCUCAGCUCCCUGCUCCAGCAGCUGCUCAAAGAGAAGAAGCAGCGAGAGGAAGAGCUGCGGGACAUCCUGAUGGAGUUAGAAGCUAAAAGCGAAACCAAGCAGGAAAAUUACUGGUUGAUUCAGUAUCAGCGGCUUUUGAACCAGAAGCCCUUGUCCUUGAAGCUGCAGGAAGAAGGCAUGGAGCGCCAGCUGGUGGCCCUCCUGGUGGAGCUGUCGGCCGAGCACUACCUGCCCAUCUUCGCGCAUCACCGCAUCUCACUGGACAUGCUGAGCAGGAUGAGCCCCAGGGACCUGGCCCAGGUGGGCGUCUCGGAGACUGGCCUGCAGCAACAGAUCCUGCGGCGAGUCCGGGAACUGCUGGAUGUGGCCAGGAUGCAACCAGAGCUGAAACCACCCAAGAGUGAGGUCCUCAGAGCCCUGGAGCCCCCCACAGCCCCCCAGGAGCCUCCUGAGUCAGUGAGGCCAUCAGCUCCCCCUGCAGAGCUGGAGGCACAGGCCUCAGAAUGUGUCGUGUGCCUGGAACGGGAGGCCCAGAUGAUCUUCCUCAACUGUGGCCACGUCUGCUGCUGCCAGCAGUGCUGCCAGCCACUGCGCACCUGCCCACUGUGCCGCCAGGAGAUCGCCCAGCGCCUCCGCAUCUACCACAGCAGCUGAGCGCAGCCCGCCCGCCCGCCAGGGCCGCCCCUCUGGCCCUGCCUCCACACUGCAGCCCGGGGCUCCCGCUCACCCCCACUCUAGCCAGACUAGUACGAGGCCGUCCAUCCUGGGCCCUUUCCUCCCAGCCUGGGAGCCCCCGCCCCCACCCCACCUUGAUCUCCAAGCACUUCUGGCCCAGGUGGGGGGGUGUCCUGAUCCAUGACCUAGCUGCUCUGAAUACUGUGGACGAGAGAGGGGGUGCCUCUGCUGGUGCUGGGGUCCUUUGUGGCCUGGCGACACAAUCUGGGGUAUGGAGAGGUGGCUAUGCCACCACCAGAGCUCAGGCAGGGAUGAGCGUCCUGGCCAAGUCAUGGUUCUCCUGCUUCCUAGCUAUUUGACUGUGGGCAGAUCACUGCCCUCCAGGAGCAUGGCGUCCUCGUGUGAGAACACACACAGUGCCCUCCCCCUCGGCGGGGUGGUGGGCAAGACUGGCCGAGGGUGAGAGGAGGCCACGGGCGGAGCUGGUGUGUAGGGGACACAAGCUGUCGUGGGCUUGGAAGUGCAGACUGUGCCCACAAGCAGUGCCAGCCUCCCUGGCCCCGCUCUCUGCUGCUCCCUGGCACUCUGGGCCCCUCCUGCUCCACAUCUGCACCGCCUCACCCCACGCAGCUGGACCCAAAGCAGGAAUGUCAAUAAACCCGUCUGCAGCGUGCUC